AUUCGUGAUCCUGUUGUUUGUACAACUCAGACGUGGCCCUCAUCAUCAUCAUACUAAUUUCCUUUCCCUGUAAUCGAGUGAUGCUGACAUUGGAGGUCUCUGCCGUUGGUAGCAAGCUUUGUCGAUGUCCACUGAUUAUGUCACGAUCUUGGGCGAUUCUAGUGUCACUGCCAGGCUUAAAAAUUGGGUCAUCGAUUGAGGCUCCCCAGUCACCACGAUCAAUGAUCUCGAAUGGUCCAAUGGUGGUGUUCUCAAUCUUGAGCAGUACCGGCAAACAAGCAGGCAAAGCCGCCCUCGUCAAACCAAGUCCUAUCUCUAGUCCGAGCCAAGGCAAUAACAUCUCUUAUAAGCGAGCCAUAUUUUCUACUUCCUCAGUCGUAACCCAGCCCGAUGUCAAAGUACCAAAGAACAUACAUCUCGCCCAGCAUGCCGCCGUGAUCGAGGCUCGGAACGCCGAGCUGGCAAUUUUCCCAGUCGAUAACGUACAGGGGUCUAGUAGUUGUCGGCUCAAGACGUGCAUCUUCCAGCAAGAUACGUUCAAAGUCAUUAAAUUUGUAUCCAUAAGUUUGGGGAAUGACUCAGUUCUGGGGGUAAUGGUCACCAUGAUUCAGUGUCAAGUCUGCCGACAGGUCGCUUAGCUCCUUCAGUGCCAUGUUUUUGACGACAUGAAGUGUAUCCUUUGCCUCCGACAGAAUUUCUGGGAAGUGCUCAACACGAUCGAUCAUCCAAUCGAAAUUAAUCUAAUGUUUUAGCCUCUGCAUUUCAUUGCUACUAUCAAUCACUCUUUUGAAAUCUGAUAGCUAUUCGCUAUACUCCUGUACAAACGACUUCUGAACAAUUUCUCUGGUCGUGUCACCGAAUUUGACAAUAUACAUCGCCAGCACUUUGCCCGGUUCUUGGGCCGGUUUGCGUAAGUAAUCAGGUGUCGGAGAUUGGAAAUGGUUCAGGGAGGAGGUCUUGAGGUCCACGGCAUUGAGGACCAACGUCUUGAUUUCAGCAUCAUAGGCAUACGGUCUUGUUCUCACUGUGUAUGCAGUGUUUCUAGACUGUGCCAUAUCUAUGGGGAUCGUGAAUAAUUCUGACAAAACUUCACCUUCGACGUCCUUUGUCCUGUCAACGAAACCCUUCCUUUAUCUUCCAUAUACUCACGCAUCGAUUAACAGUGACGGCAUUGGCGGGGUGACGCGCCAUGUAAGGCUCGGCAUGUUUGACAACGGCUUCAGUUGUACCAUCAUCCAGUGGCCUGAUCAGAUGAGCGCGAUAUGUAAAGUUGGCUUGUCCACCAGCCACAGGUUCGAGUAAAGAGGAUGCAUAUGGCGUGGUGUUGAGCCAUGCAGACACCUUUUGGCGGAUUUGAUUAGGCGCAUCUUGUGUAGACAUCCUUUUGUAAAUAUCAUUGACCUGGAUAAACACCUACCGUAUUUUUGCAAUCGUGGCCGG